GUGGCAGAUCUGCCGCUUCACCCCUUCUCUCCCUUUGCCAUGGAGUUGCCAACCUACGUCGCCAACACAAUUGCGGCGCCCGUCCUGGUAUCGAUCUUUGCAGCGGGAUAUGCUGUCAUCUUCCUCAUCACGUAUGGCAUUAUUCAGCGGAUGAGGCCCUCAAUGGGCAGUGGUGAAAUGGCUGUUGCCAUGUGGUUUGCCCUCUGCGGCUGCAUCUAUCUAUUUUUCGAUGGUUACUUCUCCUACAAUGCCUUUGACAUGGCCGGCAAGACAGACAUCUUUGGCCAGCUGUGGAAGGAAUACGCCCUCUCAGACUCGCGCUACAUGAGCCAGGAUGCUCUU